AUGAAGAAGGGAAUACUCAUGUCACAUUCUGCAGGAAACUCUGGUUCUGACGUGAGUACUACUUCGAGUGUAGCACCUUGGUUAUUUAGUGUUGCACCAACUACCAUAGAUCGCAAGUUCAUUAGUAAUCUCCUUCUUGGAAAUGGAAAAAAUUUCAUUGGUAGUUCAGUUAGUACUUUCCCUUCAAAUGACACAAAAAUUCCAAUAGCUGAGGGUAUUUUCUCAGACGACUUAGAUAAAACAUUGGUUAAAGGUAAGAAGAUUAUAAGUGGUGCAUAUGGUAUAGUCUCAAAUGUGUCUCUAAAUGACAUGGCUUUUGUGUCUGUGAAUAUGCAGCAAAACAAGUGCAACAACAUUCACAAACAACUAUCAGUUGGCAACGCAUGGCAAAACAAGGGAAUAACAGAACCCAUAGCAGAGUUUGGAUCACAAAAGGUUCAACAUGUCAUGGUAUCACACUUGAACUGCCAUUUACCUACAACUGCAAGUUACCUUGCACCUAAGCCAAAUGAAGAACAUGUCAUAAACAAAACUUCAAAGCCAAAUCCAGUGAAGGUCAACCUGCUAUAA